AUGGCAUGGAAGAGGGGGGGUUGGGCGGCGGGGCGGUGGGCUGGGUGCCCGGGAGAUCUCGAGGAGCGGGCACCGUGCCCGGCAACUUUUGAAAAGGAGAAAAGUUCCUGUCAGGAGAAAGCUACCGCUGCCAUCAACAUCGGGGGUUUGAAAAUGGCGGCUGCGCAGAGCUCAGCCAAUCAGGGAGUAAGGGAGUGCCUUUCCAUUCACAUUGGCCAAGCUGGUGUCCAGAUUGGGGAUGCUCUUUGGGAACUCUAUUGCCUAGAACAUGGAAUACAGCCAGAUGGUAUCAUUCUCAACACUAAAAUGGAUCAGUUGGACAAUUUUCAAGUGGAACGUAUGAAUGCAUCUUGUGAUAACUUCUUCUGUGAGACAAGUGCUGGGAAACAUGUGCCCAGAGCUCUCUUCAUGGACCUAGAACCAACUAUUAUAGAUGGGAUUCGUACAGGAAAGUACCGCUCACUCUUCCGCCCAGACCAACUCCUUAGUGGAAAGGAGGAUGCUGCAAACAACUAUGCCAGGGGCCACUGCUCUUUGGGGCCAGAGAUCAUCGACGUUGUGCUAGAGAGGAUCCGAAAACUGGCAAAACAGUGCAGCGGACUUCAAGGAUUUUUGAUUUUCCGAAGUCUUGGAGGAGGAACUGGAUCAGGAUUUACAUCUCUCUUAAUGGAACGACUCUCGAUAGAAUAUAACAGGAAGACUAAGCUGGAGUUCUCUGUCUACCCAGCCCCCAGAAUCUCCACUGCUGUGGUAGAGCCUUACAACUCCAUCCUCACCACCCACUCCACCAUCGAGCACUCAGACUGUGCCUUCAUGGUGGACAAUGAGGCCAUUUAUGACAUAUGCCAUCGUAAGCUUGGUGUGGAAUGCCCUUCUUAUGCCAAUAUUAAUAGGCUGAUAGGUCAGGUGGUGUCUUCCAUUACCGCUUCCCUCCGGUUUAAAGGGUCCUUGAAUGUGGACCUAAUUGAAUUCCAGACCAACCUAGUACCAUAUCCGAGAAUACAUUUCCCCAUAGCAACCUAUGCCCCCAUCAUCUCUGCUGACAAAGCUUACCAUGAGCACUUCUCCGUGCCAGACAUCACUGCUGCUUGCUUUGAGUUCUCCAACCAGCUGGUCAAGUGUGACCCUCGACUUGGGAAGUACAUGGCCUGCUGCCUGCUGUACAGAGGGGAUGUGGUCCCUAAGGAUGUAAAUGCUGCAAUUGCAACCAUGAAGUCUAGGAAAUCUGUUCAGUUUGUAGAUUGGUGUCCAACUGGCUUCAAGGUGGGCAUCAAUGAUCAGCCACCCACCAUGGUGCCAGGAGGGGACCUGGCCAAAGUUCAGCGGGCUGUCUGCAUGCUGAGCAACACCACAGCGAUUGCAGAGGCCUGGGCCCGCCUGGACCACAAGUUUGACCUCAUGUAUGCCAAGAGGGCUUUUGUGCAUUGGUACAUUAAAGAAGGCAUGGAUGAAGGGGAGUUCAGAGAGGCUAGGGAAGAUUUGGCAGCCCUGGAGAGGGAUUAUGAGGAAGUGGGGCAAAGUUUUUGA